GUUUUGUUUACUGUGUGGGGGUCACUGUGCUGGCUUUGUUUACUGUGUGGGGGUCCCUGUGCUGGUUUUGUGUACUGUGUGAUGUUCACUGUGCUGGCUUUGUUUACUGUGUGGGGGCGCUCGUGAGCGCUCUGAACUCCUCCUCUGUUGUCACUGUCUAUCUGCCGCAACACCCUAAAUUCAGAUUUGCUGUGAGCGGACCGGCAUGAUCGGAGCAGAGCGGCCCGUUUCUGAGGGCUUUUCUGUGACGCUGCAUCUCCUGCGGGGCGUCUAAACCGCUGAGAAACCAGUUCGCCCCUCGGAGCUGGGCUGAAGUGGGCUCGGCUAAAGGCGGCUGAGUUAGCUCAGCCAGCGACCGCCGAGGAAGCAGCGCAGAGAGGAAAACAGCGGAGCAGCUGCUCCUGUCCGCGGGGUGAGGCUGAUUUCAGGACUUCGGAGAGGACUUUACCCACUUCACCCACAACAGCCUGCAUUUGUACGGACUGUCGUCCCAUCAGAGGCGUAAAUGUCGGUGUGGUCGGGCUUGUUUUGUUUGUGUAGCUGCUAGCGCCCUAAAUAUUGAGACAGGCAGCCUAUAGCUAGCUAACGUUAGCUGAAGUACACAGUAACGUCCAGCGUCCGAGGAUUUGUCGUUUAUUUUAGUGAAAUUGUGAACCUGGAAGGCAGUAACGGUCCUUUUGUGCCCUUAUUUUUCUCCUGUUCACGUUUUAUCGUCGUGAGUGAGGAGCAAAUGUUAGGAGCUGGUUUUUAAGCAGCGCCAAAUCCCCGUUAGCUUGUUUUCCUCCGUGUUUUCCUCCGUGUUUUCUCCUGAUUAACUGAGCUCGCUGCUGUUCUCCCUCUCAGGACUAGCUGGUCGCGGAAUCGGUUCAUUUCCCUCGGUUUCUGUCCUGUAUGAGGGAGUCAGUAUGUCCAGGUGCUGGAAGUCCAGACCCAGACCGUCUGUCCGGCUCUGUCUCCCCGGUCUGGGGUCUGUGGUGUUGAGGGUUCUGGAGGUUCUGUGGGUCUCAGUGUGUUUGGUCCACUCGGACUCCAGUGUGGUGGUUCAGAAAGAGGCCCAGUUCGGAGUCUCGUAUCUGGACACGGUGACCAGCCACAACCAGACCAUCUACUCCUUCAACCACACCGUCUCCAGGAACAAGACGGAGGGCGUGCGAGUGUCGGUGGAGCUGCUGUCUGAGACCACUAAGAGUCCUAUCCUCUUUGUCAUUCGGCAGAAGCAGGCCGUUCUCUCCUUCCAGGUUCCGCUCAUCCUCCGAGGCCUGUAUCAGAGGAAGUAUCAGUACACCCAGGUGGGUCGGACCCUUUGCCAACCCCCAACGCUCGUUGCUUCUGAAACUCAGUUUUUCUACGUGGACGUGUCCACUCUGUCCUCCACCAGUGUCCACUACCAGCUGCGGGUCAGCCGGGUGGAGAGCUUCACGCUGCAGACGGACAAGAAAUUCAGCUUCAAUGCAACUCCGUCCCAACCCCAGUUUUUUAAAUAUGUUUUUCCUGAUGGCGUGGACACGGUUAUUGUGAAAGUGAAUUCUGAGAAGAAUUUUCCCUGCUCCGUCAUGUCCAUUCAGGAUAUCCAGUGUCCUGUGUAUGAUCUGGACAACAACGUGGCCUUUAUUGGAAUGUAUCAGACCAUGACCAAGAAGGGAGCCGUUACAGUGCAGAGGAAGGACUUCCCAAGCAACAGUUUCUACGUUGUCGUCGUGGUGAAGACGGAGGAUGAGGCGUGUGGCGGGCCACUCAAGUUCUACCCCCUUUUGCCUGAUGAGCUGUUGGAUGCUGGGAAUCGCAGUAAGACUCUGGACGUUGUCGUCUCUCCUGCCAUCAACUCGGAGGUGUAUGUGAUGGGGAUGCUGUUCUGUCUGGGCAUCUUUCUGUCCUUCUACGUGCUGACCUUCCUGGUGGCCUGCAUAGAGAACAAGAGGAUGAACAGAAAGAGGGAGGGCUUUCUGCAGCCUGCUGACAUGUCACCAGCAGAGACAGCCUCUCUGUUAGGUAAAGGUCUGACUCCACCCUCUCCAUAUGAAUAUGGCUCCUUCGCUGAUAACGGCAGCACGAUGAGUUCGGAGCCGGUCACAGACAGUUUGGCGUCAGCUGAAGGCACUUAUGGAUACAUGGGACAGGAGCCUUUCAAGCGUCGCCCGAUCGGCUCACACUACGUAGCCAUCCGCUUCGAGCGGUCCAUGGACACGGUGGGUCGUUGUCGGCAGGAGUCUUUGAGCUCAGUAGAGGAAGACGAUUACGAUACACUGGCCGACAUCGACUCCGACAAGAACAUCGUCCGCACUAAGAAGUACCUGUGUGUGUCUGAUCUGGCUCGUAAAGACAAGCGCGUCCUGAACAAGAAAUACCAGAUCUACUUCUGGAACAUCUCCACCAUCGCGGUGUUCUACGCCCUGCCGGUGAUCCAGCUGGUCAUCACCUAUCAGACGGUUGUCAAUGUGACGGGAAACCAAGACAUCUGCUACUACAACUUCCUGUGCGCCCAUCCUCUCGGGGCUCUGAGUUCCUUCAACAACAUCCUGAGUAACCUUGGUUACGUGAUGCUGGGGCUGCUGUUCUUACUGAUUGUGCUGCAGAGGGACAUCCUGCACAACCGCGCUCUGAUGCGCAAUGACAUCACAGCACUGGAGUGCGGUAUCCCAAAGCAUUUUGGUCUUUUCUAUGCGAUGGGAACGGCUCUGAUGAUGGAGGGGCUGCUGAGCGCCUGUUACCACGUCUGCCCAAACUACACCAACUUCCAGUUCGAUACGUCCUUCAUGUAUAUGAUAGCGGGGUUGUGUAUGCUGAAGCUGUAUCAGAAGAGACACCCGGACAUCAACGCCAGCGCCUAUACGGCGUACGCCUGCCUGGCUGCGGUCAUUUUCUUCUCUGUACUGGGAGUGGUGUUUGGUAAGGGUAACACAGCGUUCUGGAUUGUGUUCUCGGUCAUUCAUAUCCUGGCCACACUGCUGCUCAGUACUCAGCUCUACUACAUGGGCCGCUGGAAGCUCGACUCUGGAAUCCUGCGCAGGAUGCUGUAUGUGAUCUACACUGACUGCGUUCGCCAGUGCAGCGGACCCAUGUACAUAGAUCGAAUGGUGCUGCUGGUGAUGGGCAACAUCGUUAACUGGUCUCUGGCGGCGUACGGACUCAUUAAAAGGCCGAACGACUUCGCCUCGUACCUCUUGGCGAUCGCCAUCUGCAACCUGCUGCUGUACUUCGCCUUCUACAUCAUCAUGAAGCUGCGGAGCGGAGAGCGGAUCCGCUGUUUGGCGCUGGUGUGUAUCCUCUUCACCGCUGUGGUUUGGGGCUUCGCGCUCUUCUUUUUCUUCCAGGGACUCAGUACCUGGCAGAAAACCCCGGCCGAGUCUCGUGAGCACAAUCGGGACUGUAUCCUCCUUUCAUUCUUUGACGAUCAUGACAUCUGGCACUUCCUGUCAUCCAUCGCGAUGUUCGGCUCCUUCCUGGUGCUCCUGACGAUGGACGAUGACCUGGACACCGUCCAGAGAGACAAGAUCUACGUCUUCUAACUCCUUUUCUAGCCAAUCACUGCACAAACCUGCGGCGUUCGCUGCCCAGAGGGCGGGUGGACCGGACCUGAGCGGACGGAGCCGGACCGAGCGAGCCGGGGGCUCUGCGUAGAACAGGACACUGAAUGUGCCGAUCAUAUCCGCCUGGUUCACUUUGCACCUGCUGGAGCUCGUCCUGUUGUCGCCGUAGUAACGGUCACUGUCUCCAUGACGCUGUGUCUUUCGAAAUGAUGGUCAACGGUUCAAAUCGAGAAAAAUCAGACCUGCCAUGCAAACGUCAAUGCAUUUUGUAAAUCCAGUGCUGCGUGUUUGAGGGUGUGUGUGUGCGUGUGUGUGUGUGCGCACGUGUCCAGUCGACUUGUGGCCUUCCAUGUUUCUAUUCGGGGUCCUGUGGGGUUUAACUGAUCACAGAAGAAUUACUGUAGCUGUUCAGCCUUUCAGAUGAUGAUAAAGGUGGUGGAAUCGAUUUGCACUGUAAAAAUGCUUUUAAGAAAAAGAUGUUACAGAAUAAAGUAUUUGUAUGUUUUUCAAUACUG